GGUGCCUUAAGGCCAUCACUAGUCGAGGGGUCUCCCUCUUUGGGAGUACGAGCAGGAGAGACCGAUCCCGUGGUGUACAGGAGAGACAAGGGAACGGGAGAGAACGAAACGUACCAUGGUCUCAUGGAUUCUGCCUGCACUCUGCGACCAUUCCGCAGUAACACGUCGUUCAAGUCGGUUUCGCAGCGUUCCCUGGUCCUAGCCUCUUGCCACGAGGCACCACUCGUCCUCGAGAUGCUCAAAGAACUGAUUUAUCGAGGGACCAACUUUUUUUAGUGAUCCUCUUCUCUGAACAAACUUUAUCCUUCAAAUGAUUUUGAUUUCCUGAAAAGUCUCUCGAUCGGUGGAAUUUCACGUGCCAAAUAUGGUUAGGAUUCUUUGAACUCUUUGGUUUCGAGGUGGUGAACGGUGAACAAGAUAACUUUAACAAAUUUCGCGUCAAAGGAUAUCGUGGCCGGUGAUUCUCGAGACAUUCGAGAUCAAAUAAGAGUCAUUGACUCUUAGGAAUCAAUUGUGUUUCGGUUGUUCCGAUGACGUUUCGUUUUUCGAAUCUAAGAAGAUGAAAGAUCACGAAGAAGGUCGAGAGGAUUUUAUCAUGGUGAACAACGAUGCUUGUCGUGAACGCCUCGAGAAGCGGAAGUGACAAGAAUCUUUCGGUGUUUGAAGAGUUCAUGGGAUGAUUGAGAAUUAAAAUGUGUUUGUCCAUUGGUGUUUCGAGUGACUGCUUUGGCUGACACUUCCGUGACCGGUUGUUCGACAAACAGAAAAGGAUUUUUUUUCAUUUAUUAUCUCAUUUAUUUGUGAAAAUCAAGUGUUUCGAUAUUUAAGAUGAGAUAUGAAUUACGUCGUGUGAAAAAUGAUCGAUUUCCCGCGAAAUAUCGGAAAUUUGAAGAACGAUACGAUGGAAAUCGUCCAACACGGAUUGUGUUAUCGAUAUUAAUUCAAAAGUAAAGUGGUUCUCUCCGAUAAAAAGUGGAAAAGUGGUCAAUCUUGUCCAGAGCAAUAAUUAACUCGUCUUUAACGACUUUGGAUACACCCGGUUCGGCAAGAUGGCGGCCUGCAGCGGCUUACUCAUUAUUCUGCGAUUACUUCUCAUCGCCGUGGCCUCGACCGUGCCAGGAACAUGGAUAAAUAUCGGUUUGCAACACUAUCCACAAUUGGACACUGCUCAGAUGAUGGAGACUUAUGACGUAGCCGCGUCUAGCAUUUGUCACGGGUUGAAAGGGCUUUCGCAAGGCCAAGGAAAGCUUUGUCAAUUAUCGGUGGAUCAUAUGCCGAGUGUGGCUAAGGGUGCAAAAUUUGGGAUUCUUGAGUGUCAACAUCAGUUCCACGAUCGAAGAUGGAAUUGUUCCACUGUCUCUAAUGAAUCCGUGUUUGGACCUAUGCUUAGAAUAGCGAGUAGAGAAACUGCAUUCGUUCAUGCAAUCACAACUGCAGGAGUGGUGUAUUCAAUAAGUCGAUCUUGCAGAGACGGACAAUUAUCUUCAUGUGGUUGUUCUAGAAGUAGCAGACCCAGAGAUCUAAAACGAGAUUGGAUCUGGGGUGGAUGCGGGGAUAAUCUCGAAUACGGUUACAAAUUUACACAAGCAUUUGUUGAUGUAAAAGAACGUGAACGAAGCUUUAAAAGAGGUAGCAGAGAACAAGGUAGAAGUCUAAUGAAUCUUCAUAAUAACGAAGCUGGACGUAGGGCGGUUAUAAAACGAUCCAAAGUAACAUGUAAAUGCCAUGGAGUUUCUGGAAGUUGUAGUUUAAUUACUUGCUGGCAGCAACUUGCAUCAUUUCGAGAAAUUGGUGAUUUUCUUUUAGAUAAAUACGAUGGAGCAACAGAAGUCAGAGUAAAUAGACGUGGCCGUCUAUCUAUGCGAGAUCCAAGAUUUUCGUUACCUACAGCGAAUGAUUUAGUUUAUUUGGAUGACUCCCCAAACUAUUGUCUUCCUAAUGAAACACUUGGAUCAUUAGGUACACAUGGAAGAAUUUGCAACAGAACAUCAUCUGGCAUGGAUGGAUGUAAUCUUCUUUGUUGUGGUAGAGGUUAUAAUACACAAAAAUCAACUAUCAAAGAAAGAUGCGAAUGCAAAUUUCGUUGGUGUUGUUUCGUUGAAUGCAAAACUUGUGUCAAAAGCGUAGAUAUUUAUACUUGCAAAUAAAAUUUAAAUUAAUCACA